CAUGCAUUCUUCGCUCACUUCCUCCUCCUUUCACAUUUCACAACACACGUCUUCCAAUUUCAAUCACAUAUCUUUAACAACCUCUUCCCUCAAAUUUCUCCUUUGUUCCUAUAACAUUUACCCAUUCCUUAUUCCUCUCUUAUAACCGUUUUCUCUCCCUCAACCACAAACACAAACACCAAUUUUCAUAUAUUACUACAUUCAUAGAUCUACUUUUACCUUACUGCUUAAUUACCUUUCACAAAUCUCAAUUACCUCAAUAAAAAAAUACCCAUCUUCUUCUGAUUGAUAGUUGUGGGGAUUAAUUUUGUUACUCAGAGAUUGUUAGGGAAGUUCUCUUUUUUUUAUUAGAUCUCUCUCUGUCUUCUUUUGGGGGGGUAGCCGGGGCUUUUGCCUCGGCGGGUUUCAAAGCCCCCACUUUCACAAUCUUACAAAAAAAAACCUAAUUUUUUUUUUUGUUUUAACCUCAUUUUUUUUGUUACGGAAAAGAUGCCGGCUUUAGCUUGUGUUGAUGUCACUACUGCCCUCCUUCCUCCUCCCGGCUACGCUCUCGCCGGAGAUACAACAACUCUUCCGCCGCCUCUCACAUUCACCACCACCCCCGGCGUGACAGCAAUCAACAACAACGGAGAUGAAGUUUCUGACACCAAUUGGUCACCUUCACUUUCUGCAAAAUUGUUCAAAGUUGAUGGCUGGGGUUUCCCUUACUUCGGUGUGAACACAGCCGGAGAUAUCUCCGUCAGGCCACAUGGCUCUGCGACGAUGUCUCACCAGGAGAUUGAUUUGUUGAAGGUUGUGAAAAAGGCUUCCGAUCCGAAAUGCUGUGGUGGAUUGGGUUUACAGCUGCCUCUCCUUGUUCGUUUUCCAGAUGUUUUGAAAGAUAGGCUUGAAUCUCUUCACGCUGCGUUCGUUGGCGCGAUUCAAUUGCAUGGGUAUGAGAAUCAUUACCAAGGUGUUUAUCCUGUAAAGUGUAAUCAGGAUAGGUUUGUUGUAGAGGAUAUUGUUGAAUUUGGUUCGCAGUUUCGGUUUGGAUUGGAAGCUGGAUCGAAGCCUGAAUUGCUUUUGGCUAUGAGCUGUUUGUGUAAAGGUAACAGAGAAGCUUUUCUGAUUUGUAAUGGUUUUAAGGACAGUGAAUAUAUUUCAUUGGCUUUGAUUGCGAGGAAGCUUGCUUUGAACAGUGUUAUUGUUCUUGAGCAAGAGGAAGAGCUUGAUAUGGUGGUUGAGAUUAGCAACAAGCUUUGUAUUCGUCCUGUGAUCGGUGUUCGCGCGAAGCUGAGGACCAAACAUUCUGGCCAUUUUGGUUCAACUUCUGGUGAUAAAGGUAAAUUUGGUUUAACAACAAUUCAGAUUUUGCGUGUGGUGAAGAAACUUGAACAAUUAGAUAUGCUUGAUUGUCUCCAAUUGUUGCAUUUUCAUAUUGGGUCUCAAAUUCCCACCACUGAAUUGCUUGCUGAUGGUGUUGGGGAAGCUGCACAGAUUUACUGUGAAUUGCUUCGUUUGGGUGCCCAGAUGAGGGUUUUAGAUAUUGGGGGUGGUUUGGGAAUAGAUUAUGAUGGUUCGAAAUCUAGUGAUUCGGAUUUAUCUGUUGCUUAUGGGUUAGAAGAGUAUGCUGCAGCUGUUGUUCAUGCUGUGAAGUAUGUAUGCGAUCGUAGGAACGUGAAGCAUCCUGUGAUUUGUAGCGAGAGUGGUAGGGCCAUUGUGUCUCAUCAUUCUGUUUUGAUUUUUGAGGCUAUUGGUGCAAGUUCAAAGAGUGCCCCUUCAUUGUCCUCCAUUGGAUUGCAGUAUUUAGGAGAAGGGCUCUCUGAGGAGGCACUUGCUGAUUAUCAGAACAUAUCGGCUGCUACGCUUCAUGGCGACCAUGAAGCUUGUUUGCUCUAUACCGAUCAAUUCAAGAAACACUGUGUUGAGCAAUUCAAGCAAGGGACUUUAGGGAUUGAACAACUUGCUGCAGUUGAUGGUUUGUGUGAUCUGAUAACGGAGACAAUUGGGGUUAAGGAUCAAGUUAGGAAGUACCACAUGAAUCUUUCUGUGUUCACCUCCAUUCCUGAUUUUUGGAGCAUAGAUCAGUUGUUUCCCAUAAUCCCCAUUCAUCGUUUGGAUGAGAAACCAACUGCUAGGGGAAUUUUGUCUGACUUGACUUGUGACAGUGAUGGGAAGAUUGACAAGUUCAUUGGUGGUGAGUCAAGCUUGCCACUGCAUGAAUUGGAAGGACAUGGUGGAGGAUAUUAUCUGGGAAUGUUCUUGGGUGGGGCUUAUGAGGAGGCACUUGGUGGGUUGCACAACCUGUUUGGUGGCCCUAGUGUUGUUAGGGUGUUGCAGAGCGAUGGUCCACAUGGUUUCGCAGUUACACGUGCUGUGGCUGGACCGUCUUCUGCAGAUGUCCUCCGAGUGAUGCAGCACGAGCCGCAGCUCAUGUUUGAGACGCUUAAGCACCGUGCACUUGAGUUUUGUGGACAACAUGAUGAUGACAGUGUGGUGGGUGCAGCAGGGUUGGCAAAUUGUCUAGCUCGAUCCUUUGAUAACAUGCCUUAUCUGGUUUCAUCAUCGGCUUGUUGCUUGAAUGCUGUCACUAACAAUGAUGGUUUUUACUACUGUUCUGGUGAUGAUUUUAGUGCAGAUUCAGCUUCUGCUGCUACUUCUGUUGCUGGAGAAGAUGAGCAUUGGUCUUAUUGCUGUGCUUGAGUUUCGUCUUUUAGCAUUCCCUUUUCAUUAUGCUGUUGUUGGUUGUUGUCAUGGUGGUCUUUUUUUUGUUAUUUUAAGAUUCUGUUUUGUUUUUUUUUUUGGUUUAGUUACAGGAUGUAAGAAGAAGCAGAACAGGGUUCUUAUGUGCCUUUGUUUGCAAUUUCGACAUGUUCAUGUUCAUUUCUGUCAUGUUGAAUUCUAGUGUAGCCAAUUAAAAAAUUGUUGCUUUGAUUUUUAUGUUUAGAAUAAAUAAACAAUUCAACUUCAUAUUCUUUUU